CCGCUCUUCUGCAGAUUAGAAAACCACCCGGAAUGUAAUAAAAGUUACACACUGUAUAUUUAAAUGUGGGACAAGACAGGUCGUGUAUAAACACAAGUACAUGCUUAAAAGUUAAAAUGAGAAUACACCAAACGCUGUGGAAUGCUGCAAAAUUCCGACAGUUUUUUGAUUUUGGUAAUAGAGAAAUAGCUAACUGGUUCCCUGGUCAUAUGGCGAAAGGACUCAGACAGAUGAAGGCGAGUCUGAAGAACGUGGACUGUAUAAUAGAAGUUCAUGAUGCCAGAAUUCCGUUCUCUGGCCGUAAUCCUCUCUUUCAGGAAAGUUUAGACAUUAAGCCACAUUUACUGGUGCUGAACAAAAUGGAUUUAGCAGAUUUAUCAGAGAAGCAGAGAGUUCUCAAACAACUGAAAAGGGAAGGUGUGGGCAAUGUUCUCUUUGCUGACUGCCUAACACAGAGAGAUGAGAAUAUAAAGAAGGUGGUUCCGGUGGUUACAGAGCUAAUUGAAAGCAGCCCCCGGUUUCACAGGACAGAGAACAUAGAGUAUUGCCUGUUGGUGAUAGGCAUACCAAAUGUUGGGAAAUCUUCUUUUGUUAAUGCCUUACGAAGAAUGCAUAUAAAAAAAGGAAAGGCUUCCAAAGUCGGAGGGGAACCUGGUAUAACUAAAGCUGUCUUGUCUAAAAUUCAGGUCUGCGAGAGGCCUCUGAUAUAUUUAUUGGACACCCCUGGAGUUCUUCCUCCCAAGAUAGAAAGCUUAGAAACGGGAAUGAAGUUGUCGCUAUGUGGAACUAUAUUAGACCAUUUAGUUGGUGAAGAUGUCAUAGCAGAUUACCUUCUUUAUACAUUGAACAAACAUGAACAAUUAAGUUAUGUUGAUAAGUAUGAGUUGGGGGAGCCUUGUGAUGACAUCCAGCAUGUUUUGAAAAAGAUUGCAGUUAAACUUGGAAAAACUCAGAGAGUUAAAGCCAUCACUGGAGUUGGGGAUAUUACUAUCACAGUGCCAAACUAUAGUGCUGCAGCCUAUGAUUUCAUCCGAGUUUUCAGGAAAGGAGAACUAGGUAGGGUGAUGUUGGACUGAUUGACCAAACUCUCUGGACAAAGAUAAGCUGGUGUGUCUACAACGUGAAACAAACUGGAGACUCAACUAAUAAAACUCAUUGUAUAAUAACAUGUUUCUUUCAAAUGGAAUUCUUUUUAUUUAAAAGCAUAAAGUAACAAUUAAACUGAUUUUAUUUAAA